AUGGAAUACGCUGUGCGUUCUUCCUCUUUUCCCUUCUCUCCCUUCACUGUUGCGCAUGCUCUUGCGUCCUCCUUUCGUCCCGAGAAGAAGAAGAACACUCCCCCCCCCCCAACACUGACCAAGACGAAAAGAUUCCAGAAACCACAGGACUCCAGUAGUGCCCUGAAACGCACGCGAUUAGCCAGCACUACAUCUCCCGGCGUGCCUUGCUCUCACGUCACUUGCUGUGGCGAGACCUGGAAAGCGGCUCCGGACCCGGACGACGUCCGGCCUCUCAAGCCGUGUCUGCUGCGCCGCAACAACCGCGAUCAGUAUGGCGUGGCGGCCUCCUGCCUCGAGGAGCUGUGGCGCAAAGCUUGCGAAGUACUGGCCAUUGGUGAGUCCCUGACACCAGUCACCCUGGUCCUGGCAGAGGACAAUUCGAUAGUGGACGAUGACGACUGCUCCCUUUGUCUCCCUUGCAAUACCAAGUUUGUGGCAUUGGCCUGUCAUGAGGAGCGGGCGUAUAACAAUUCGGAUGGAGGAACAGCCUGGGUUUCCCAAAAGUCCUUUGAUGCCCAUGAGACAGACAGCGGAGCCGGGGUGAAGUGGAAGAACAUGGCUAGGAUGCUGAAAAAGGAACUGGACAACAUCAUCCUGCUCUCAGAAGAGGAGCUCCAAGUGAGUCCCCUCCACAGCCCACAACGCUCCCUAGCCUCUGCUGUCCUGGUAUCUUAGGUUCUGUGCCCCCAUCUCUCCUGCUGUAGUAAUUCCAUUGUUUUUUUGGCUGGGGGGGGGUGGUUCAAGACAGGGUUUCUUUAUGUAACAGCCUUAACUGUCCUGGAACUCACUCUGUAGACCAAGCUGGCCUCGAACUCACAGAGAUCCACCUGCCUCUGCCUCCCGAGUGCUGGGAUUAAAGGCGUGCACCACCAUCGCCCGGCUAUUAACUAGCUCUUACAAUUUAAAUUAACCCAUUUCUUUUGUUGUAUAUUUUACCAUGAGGCGUGUGGCUCGUUACCUCACAUCUUGCUUCUCUGGCAACUGCUGGCAUCUUCCUCACUCUGCCUUCUUUCUUCCUGACCCUCUGCUUGGAUUUCCCGCCUGGUUAUAUUCUGUCUUGCCAUAGGUCAAAGCAGCUUCCUUUGUUAAUCAAUGGUAAUAAAACAUAUUCACAGCAUACAGAGGGGCACCCCAACCAAUAAAUACAUUCACAUAGUUCAAAAUCCAAGAGGUAUAAAAAAAUAAGUUGACGUGGUGGUGCACACCUUUAAUCCCAACACUCAGGAGGCAGAGGCAGAAGGAGCUCAAGGCCAGCCUGGUCCACAUAGUUCCAGGACAGCCAGAGCUACAGAAUGAGACCCUGCCUUGAAAAAAAAAGUAAUAAAAAGAUAAUGUCCUCGGUAAGGGAAACAGAGGUGUUCAUCCACUGCUGACCAGGUCAGCAGAGUGUGGUGUGUCCAUAAAAAGGCUGGGCUCGGGCUGGAGAAAUGGCUCAGUGGUUAAGAGCACUGCCUGCUCUUCCAAAGGUCCUGAGUUCAAUUCCCAGCAACCACAUGGUGGCUCACAACCAUCUGUAAUGAGAUCUGAUGCCCUCUUCUGGCCUGCAGGCAUACAUGCAGACAGAAUAUUGUAUACAUAAUAAAUAAAUAAAUAAAUAAAUAAAUAAAUAAAUAAAUAUUUAAAAAAAAAAAAAAGGCUGGGCUCUCAGGGAUGAGGAGACAGCAAGAACAAAGAUGAGUCAAAAAUCCCUACGUACUGCACAGCCAGUACAGAAGUGGCACAGGAGGCAAACAUAAGGCUGGGGGUGAUGAUCAGCCCUUGGCACAUCAUCAGCACCAUGGGGCGAGCAGGCAGUCUGUGGGGUCCGUCCUGUGCUGACUGCCUAGACGGAGUCCCUUGGGGUGGGUAUUCUUCACUCUUUGUUCUUGUUCCUGUGCACCGAGUGCCUCCCAAUUCUAGGUAGAAGGAAAGGGAAAUGAUAGCCACUCGAGCCUCGUUCAGCCUCCUGUCGGGCUUGAGCGAUCGUGUGCUCUGAAAGGUGCAUUGCCGUGCAUUCGAGGCCAGUCUGGGCCACAGUCCCGGACCCUGUCUCUAAAGAGAAGAGGAAAAAGCGGGCACGCACCGCACAGGCAAGGGUCCCAGAAGCUGUGGGCUCAGUGGUUCUUAUUCUCGCUGCAGCUGGUCUCCAAGGAGGACCCCAGAACCCUGGCUGUUGCCUUGAGCGGGGUCAUAAAGAAAGAGACAGUCUAGUGGGCCUGCAGCAAGUGCAGAGGUUGCAUUCCCUUAGGAAUGUCUCGGUGAGGGAGGGAUCCACUGCCUGAGGAACAGCAGAGCCCCAAAUGCGCCAGACAAGACCCCAAGUAGCUCCACCGGAAGCACACUUUGCUGAGGAAGCCCUUGGUUUUGUUAGCAGUGAAGAACCUCCCUUCCCACUGUACUGCCUCUGCGCCGCUCUACCUCCUGCCUUCCAGGAUGCUGUUGUAGCUGAGGUGGCUACGCCCUCCAGAAAGGCCGCUCUGUGUCCUUCUAUGUAGGGGAAGCCCCCCAGCCAAUCACCUCGCUUGUAGGGCGAGGUCCCCUGAGGAUAUUUCUUACUAAUAAAUAUUCCUGGUGUGUUCCUGCCUUCCCUUCUGCUUUCCUGUUCUCUGCGGGAACCUCUUAUUAUUUCAUUAUUAAAUAUUAUUAAAUAUCUUUUAAUUAUUAAAGCCUAAUAUUAUAUUAUAA